AUGGAUGAGUCGUCAUUUCCAUCAUCACAGUCUCUUCCACUGCAUGUCGCCUGCAUUUACCGUCGACCUGACGUCAUAAAAACCCUGCUAGAAUGUGGAGCGAAGGUGGACGCGCCAGACUGGGCCGGUCGAACACCCCUGGAGAUAGUUCUCUUCUACUGGCCACGCAUCCCAUGUACUGACGGGAUUGACCCCAAGUCCAGCUACGGCAAGUACCAGUCUUAUCUCCGUGAUCAACACGCGCGAAGUUUAAGGUGCAUGAGGCAACUGAUAGAAAAAGGUGCCAAUAUCCAAGCCAAGGUGUCUCGGUCCAUUCUGAACAGGCGUGGACAGAGCUUUCUUCACUGUACGGCCCUGAACACCUUGCCGCUGGCUGCGGAAUGGCUUCUCCGUUAUGGAGCGGACAUUGAGGCCAGGGACGACGAAGGUCGCACCCCCUUAAUCACUGCCGCUAUGCUCCCUUGUCUAAAAGUGGCAGAACUCCUGAUGAGCCUGGGGGCGGAUACCAACGCGCAAGACGUUCGUGGCAACGCCCCUUUGCAUUAUCUGGUCUAUAGAGGUCGUGAUUAUCUGGUCCGGCUUGCUCUUGAGCUGGGCGCCAACUCGAAUGCAGCUAAUGACGAGCACCUGACUCCACUUCACGUGGCUGCAGAAAUCGGGAAUUCAAAUGCGAUAAGGCUCCUGUUAUUGUACGGAGCGAAUCCGAAUUCGUUGGACAACAGAGGGCGCUCAGCGCUGUUCUGCGUUUUGGAUGACACGGCGAACGCAGGGAACAGCUCGAGGUUAGGGAUCAGUCUUUUACUGAGAGAAACGCUUUACACGAAAGUUACAGACAAAACUGGAAAUUUGUGCAAACUUUUGAACCACGAACGCUUUGUUCAUCUCCGUGAUACUUUAAUCCUGUAUACGAGCGAGCCGCCAACGUUGCUGAAAAUGUGCAAGGUGGCCAUACGUAAGAGCAUUGGUCUACGGAAGAUUAGCGGGACCAAUGUUGAUAAACUGCCUUUGCCGACGGCUUUGAAAAGAUAUAUUUUCUCUCCUUGGUGUUUCUACUGCCGAAGAUGCGAGUGUUAUCGUCAAAACCAUCCCAAAACGAUACCAAGCACAAUACAUUUAAAAAUCCCAUCUCCUUAA